AUGUCGGAGCCGCAGUCGUACCCGUCACCCAACGCCGCCCAGAUGGCCGCCGGCGCCGCGGGCCUCUACGCCCAUCCGAACGGCAACCUGUCGCCCGCCGAACCGUCGAGCGCCGUUGACCCGCACCUUUCCCUGCACAGUGGCCAGACUCUCGAGCAGGAGCUUUCCGCACAGUUGCGCGGCGCCGCCGAGGCUCCAAUGGGCCCUGCCCAGCACCAGCAGCCGCAACAUGGCCUGCCCAUGGCCCACGUUGGCCAGGUCCACACGCCCGUCCAGCAGCCGUCCACGCCCCAGCAAAUGGCUCAAAAUGCCAUGAGCAUGGCCCAGGAUCCGCACUAUAGCCAGCAGGACAGCAAUCAGAGGAAAAGUUACAUCAAGGAAUUGGCCGACAGACUUACCCGCCUCGAAUACGAGCAACAGCAGAACAUUGGCCACUCUCCCCAAAACGGCCAACACCACACCCAAGUCCCCGAACUUCAAAGCUACCUUCAGUCGAUGGGCGAUCAAGGUAUGGCCGGCUUGACGGACUUUUCCGCUUCUCCGGCACCGCCUUACGGCGCCGAGCGUAAGAGAACUCACUCCAUGUCCGAAGGCCCGGGCGACCAGUUCCGAACUUCCUUGUCACAGCCGCCCAACGGUGCUCCGCAAUCUUGGGAUCGCAGGGAACCGUUUGCUACCGGCUACGAGCAUGAUGCUGCAGGUGCAUUCUUUGAAUUCAGCCAGAGCGCUGACGUAGCCGUGAACGAGUACUACCGCGUGAUCCAAGACACGUACCCCAUCCUGCCGUUUGACCUGAGAAAUUUGAAGGGCCGUUUGGCAAAUUGCGACGCAAAACUGCGCGAUGCGUUUACCGCUGCGAUGGAUUGCGCCGUCAGGGCUUGGCCGUCUACAAGCCUUGCCAUGGAGCCAAAUCAUCAAGAACGUUGCUACAAGGCUUACCAGAUGCUGACAUCUCUCGUUGGCACCACUGUCAAGCCAGAUGGCAUCAUACUCGUCCAGAGCUUCUUGCUACUCACCAUUGAAGCCGACGUACAUGGCCCUCGCCAUUCGCAGUCCAUUGCUUAUCCGGAAAGUCAGCCGUUGAAGGACAUGUGCCUUGCCCAGGCAACCAGAGUUUCUACGAGCUUACGUUUUGAUGCUCUGAUAUUCCGCCAACGAGGCCAGGAGAUUAGCCCAGACAAUGAUGAGGUGCUGGGUCGACGCCUCUUCUGGAUCCUCUUCGUCUUUGAUCAGCUGCAUGCCAUCAGCACAGCAACCACGCCUAGCCUCUCGGCAGAGCGCAGCCAUCUCACUGGAGAUGAUGAAACUCUCUUUGGACCAGUGACUUUUGCCUUGGCUCGUCUUUGCAAGGCUAUGGGAGGCUUGCCCGACUACUAUAGGACACUUGCGGAUGUUCCUCCCAUUAACAAUGACGUUCUGGCUCUGUACGACCCGAACAACGCAAUCAUGAAGCUGACCAAGACGGCGUACCUCUCUUCUCUCGAAAGAUUUUCAGAGACUCUGCCUUCAGACCCCCACCACUUGAUCCUUCUUGCCUACUUCUAUGUCCAUCUUCUCAUCGUCCGCUACACGCCUGGCUCUGAACCUGGUGAGAUUUUGCAUGACGCGACAGCCAUCGUCACUCACCUGCAGAGACACCAGGCUCUAAUCACAACGCCGCACCACCACUUCGCCGCCCUGGCCGCCCUAACACUGGGCGAACUCGCCGAGAAAGACGAGACGAGGGAAGAAUCGCUGCGCCUACUGGGCGAGCUGGAGGGCGUCCUGAACCGCAACAAGGUCGAGGGCGAUCUGGGCUGGGACGCCAGCGUCCGCGAGUACGCCGGCAAGAAGCGCUCAUCCGUCAACGAGUCCAACGGCGGCGCGUCGUCGACGAUGCUCGAGCACCUCGCCGAGGCCGCCGUCGGCGAGCGCAGGGAUUCGGCGUCGAAGGCAUCGCCUUCCGAGAACCGCCCGGGAAGCAGCGGCGGCGCCGCCAGCGUCGACCCGCCCAAGGACGACAUCAGCAACGCUGCCGCGGCUGCUGCCGCUGCCGUGGCGGCUGCCGCGUCCCUCAACCAGAGCUUGCACUUCAACCCUGCCAACUUGGUCAGAGACGGCUACUUGAACAUCCUCGCGCAGGUGCUGGGACAGCAGCAGCCGCAGCAGCACUGA